GGGCAUUGCUACAGACCGUCUGCCCCAUUAGGACUUUCUCUCUCUCUCUUACCCGCCAUGGAAUUCCCCAUGGGGAGUGAGUGGAUCAUCGUGUCCGAUCCUCGAGACUUUGGCCACCCCUGACCGAGGGCAAGUGGAGAUCACGCUAUAUAACAUACGGCUAUCCGCCUGAAUACUCGAACAGUUCUUCUAUGUUCUGCACCACCGAUCACUCUUGUUAUCGAAGCCAUGGGUUUGUUCACGGCCAAAAACGAGGCCACUCUUCACCAGGAGCAUGUCGCCGAAGUCUCCCAGGACGCGGUCGCAGUUGAUCGCAAUAUCCAUCAUCCCACCGGAUGGUUGAAUUGGAGGGUUGUCGUCUAUAUGGUCAUCGUUGGCCUUUCGAUGGGUCUCUAUGGUUAUGACAACAAUUUUGUCGCCCCUCUUUUGUCUUUGCCCUUGUUCAUCCAGAGAUAUCAAGGUCCUGGAAUGGCCUUCACAGCACGAAAUCUCGAUGUGCUUGUCACUGUUCCCCUCGUGGGCGCGGCUAUGGGAACGUUUAUUGCAUCGCCCGCGAUGAAAUACUUCGGGCGGAAGAAGACGUUCAUUGCGGCUUACUUCUUGCUUUGUACUCCUGGAUCAUUCUUGCAGCUAUUUGCCCCCAAUAUCGGUGGUAUGACGGUGGGAAGAUUUUGGAACUACCUUGGAAUUAGUAUUCUGACAACCACUGCUCCGCUUUACCUUGCGGAACUUGUCCCUGCCCACGUGCGUGGCAGAGCAGUUGGCUUUUGCAUAGCUGGAGUGGGCGCAAUAGCGAUCCUUGCGACCACCAUCGUGUGGGCGAGCGAGAAGAUCAACGACGAGCGGCAGUACAAAAUUCCUUUGGCGGUACAAGCAGCCUGUCCGGUGACCUUUGGCCUUCUGACGAUGCUCUGCCCCGAAUCACCCCUCUGGUAUGUCCAGCACGGCAAGGUGGAGGAGGCACGACGCGUGCUUAUGGUCAUCCGCAACAACAAGGCAGAAAUUGUCGAUGCGGAAAUAUCAAUUUACCGAGUGUCUCUUGCCGAAGAAGCCGAAAUGCGAAAGCAAACCAGGUUCUGGGACAUCUUGAAUCGAGCCAACAUCAAGCGCACCCUCACCGCGGGAGCUCUCCUCAGCUCAAGCCAAGUAGGCGGGCAAAUCUUGAUCGGCACCUACUCGACCGUCAUCCUCGUGCAGAGCGGUGUUGGGAAUCCGUUCCAGAUGACCAUCAUCAUCACCUGCCUGCAAUUUCUGGGGACCAUCAUCGGGCCUACCUUGGUGGACAAAGCUGGGCGCCGACCUGUGGCACUUGUUGGCUUCUCGGUCCUCUUCGCCCUCGACGUCGCCGCUGGCAGUCUGGCCGCCGGCGGGCUGAAGACGAAUGGCCAGAGGCUGGGUCUUGCCUCGGUCUUCAUCAUCUUCGCCUUUGCGAAUGCCGUGUCUUUCCAGUCCCUGGCCUUUGUCCUCCCCACCGAAAUCGCCACGCCCGCCCUUCGCGAGCCCACGGUGGCGUGGUCCAUGUUCUGGUCGUACGUGACGGCCGUGAUCACGACCUUCGCCGUUCCCCAGCUCACCUCGGCCGACGCCGCGAACCUUGGUGCCAAGGCCGCCUUCAUCUUCGCCGGCUGCGUCUUGAUCACCGUCAUCUGGGCGUACUUUUACAUCCCCGAGACGGCGGCCCGCACGGUGGUCGAAGUGGACGAAAUGUACGCGCUCAACUUGCCGAUGCGGAAAUGGAGACACUACCAGUGCCAGUCUGUCCAUGUGACGGCGGAGAUGGUGGAGCAGAAAAGUGCAACUGUUGACGAUGCGGGCGCUGUCUAGGAGAAUGGUCUUGAUGAAGCCCAUCGAAUCAAGCCAACUCUUCCGCUCUUCCAGUAUAAGUUGGUACUCGGUCGGCAAUAAAAUUGACUUCAAUUGCACGAGGGAUCCCUUUCAGGUGGCUAGAAGUACAUAGUCAAGAUCUCGUCGUCUUCCAAACUACAUAGCGUCUCCCUGGAUCAGUCUGCUCAGCCGCC